AUGAGCAAGUUCCUCGUCUUCCUGUUCUCGGCUUUCUGCCUCUCGACGGCUGCUCCCUUCUCCAAUGGGACCCUCUUGUCGUCUGCCAACUCGACCGAUUUGUGUGCCAUCGGAAACAUCAUCCAUCCGACUGCCUCUUCUUCCUUCUAUUAUCCAUCUACUUGGAGAGAGAACCAGACUGCUCCUGCCCUCGAUGCCGCUAAAUCCUGCAGUUGGCUCGUCACUGUUCCACAGGGACACUUCGCCAAACUCGUUGUCAGCGGACAGGUCUCGAAACUUCAACUUAUUGAUUCCGCUGGAAAUGUUGAUCAGUUCGUUUCUCACGUCGCAUUGAAGUCUUCGAAUGUCCCGUUUCCAGAUCUUCAAACGAAACGAUGACUCCGUACUACUUCACUUCUCCAAAGUUCACCAUAGGACUCUCCAGCUCCAACAGCUCUGCCACUUUCGCUUUCAAGGUCGUUUGGGCUCCACGUAAGACUGCUAGUUGCAAGUAUUUCAGUAGACCAAUGCUUUUCAGUCCCAACCAAUCUGGAGAGCAACUUCGUCAAUUACACUGCCCUCGUGAAGGAGAUCACUGCCAAUGCGUCCGGAUUCAGUGUGGGCUCCGGAAGCCGUGUCUCCCUCCUUCCGGUCCCUUCCAACCCGUCGAACCCGGUCUCAUUGCGAAGUGUGGUCGUCUUCCAGGGAGAGUCUACAAACGAGCAGUACAUCACAAAGUAUACGAGUUUUCCCCAAUCCAUUCCGCCAAUUUCCUCCUUCCAGUCUCUACCGUAUCUAUCAAAGUGGGCAGCAACUCGCUUCUAUUGGUCAGGCCCUCACGAUCGUCAACCUCGAAGCGAGCAACUCCUCCGAUGUUCUCAUCGUUCAGAACUUCCAAUGUACACUUGCAUCUGCUCGAAAUCUUCUCAUACCGUUCUUUUUCAGACACGAAGGACAUCCACGACUACAAGGGAUUCACGUGCUCCGCCAACAGUACCUGCUCAGUCCAGGUGAACUCGGGAAUGAGAUCUUCUGCUGCUGUGUCCGUCAACACAAACACCGAAGUGCUGACUGCCGUGAGAAUGGACGCGGUAGCCAAACAUCCUAUCCAGUCCCUUCACCCGAUUUCUUUUGCAGUCCGCUUCCCUGACAGUUUACUACGGAUCGACUUCUGACGCUUGCAAAGUGGCGCAGUUCAGUGCCAACAAGAUCCAGUCACUGCUUCCGAUGAGCUUCUCCGGCAACUGCACGCAGUACGUCGUGAGCAGUGGAAAGGCAUAUCUCGAGAUUAACAGAAUGUGA